AUGGUCGAGAUCAUCCUGGACCCAAGCAUUCGCGACUGGGUGGUGCUGCCCAUGAUCAUCAUCUUCGGAUGCUCGGCAAUGAUACGUCACUAUGUCACGCUCCUUCUUAAAAAUGAUAAGAUGGCUAGUGUUGAACAGCUGAUGCCCAUGAAUACGGUGAAACGCGCACAGAUCACCCGCGUUAACUCGAAAUUUAUUGCGCCUUAUGCCUUCGCCAUGCGCAAGCACUACUUUACCGCGUCACAGAAAAAAGAUGGAAUGAAAGGCGCACUGCGCGAGAAAGUCAAAAGCGAGGCUAUGAAUCAGAUGAUGAAUCCCAACUCGAUGCUGGAGAUGAUGAAGGGCAACAUGACUUUUAUGGUGUCCAACUUCGUCAUGAUGGGACUUAUGAGCUACUUUUUCGGUGGCUUUGUCCUCGCUAAGGUGCCAUUUUCACUGACUCAAAAGUUUAAGAUGAUGCUACAACGCGGCAUUGAUCUCAAGUACGAAGAAACGAUCGUUUAUGUUGUGAUAAAGUUCCUUGCUGCUCAUAAGCGCCUAAUUUCUUUAAUGUUUAGCACGCUGGACGUUUCGUAUGUGUCUUCGGUGUCCUGGUAUUUCCUCGUAAGCUUCGGCAUGCGUGGAUUUCUGUCGCUGAUUCUUGGAGAACAAAGCGCCAGUGAUGACGCUAAGGCAAUGCAAAUGCAGAUGGGCGUGGGGGCUGGCCCUAACAUGGCCUUUGAUGCACCGAAGGUAUACAAGCAAGAGCGCGUGAGUCUUCGCUUGCACAAUCACGACUGGGCACUGGAAUUUGCCGAGAAAAAGCUACUUGGGGAAUCCAUCCCAACCAAUGCCAAGUCAUCAACUACCUCAUCAUCCCACACCUCGACUGUAAAAGAAAAGCGAGCUUCGAAGUUCACCAAAGUUUCUAAAAGGAAUCAAAUUAAAGAUCGACCGUCAAUCCUCAACGCUACAUUUAUUCAUCAUCAUGGAAGCUAUCCGAAAAUACCUGAAGACGACUUUACCGCGUUAUUUGAAGGGGUUACCGCUUCCCCGCACGUUCUCAGGCUUUUUAAAACUAAAGCAGAGCGAGUGAAUACAUCGAAACCCGGCCGCGUAAAUGGCAAGGUGCAAUUGGAGAAAGAGAAGGUUGUGGAUUUUAUACCUGUGUGUGAUGUGGAAGAUGUGAUCAAAAGCAAGGGCAAGUGCACGCUCUGUCGUUGUUGGAAAUCGAAGAAUUUCCCCUAUUGUGAUGGCUCCCACCUGAAGCACAACAAGGAGACAGGCGAUAACGUUGGCCCACUUGUGCUUACCGCCAAGUCGGCUUAG